UCUAGAAGAACAAGCAGAAGCCCAGAAGUGGGGAUCCCAUCCUGCCCCUCAAGCUGGCUUCCCCUAUGACACUUGUCCCUCACGCUGGCUGACCCUAAGGCACUUAACAAACAAUGCCUCCCAUGAGAUGCAGACACCUAUAAGCCCAACUGUACAGAAUGCCACACAAGAUUGGGUUUGUAGUCAUCAGUUCAUCUGGGCACGAAGAUGGUUUCAGUGCAAAAGAAUUAAUGGUCCAUGCACCGACUGUUAAUGGAUGGAGAUCACCAAGAUUUUGCCAGUUUCCGCAAGAAAUUGUCCUUCAGAUGGUGGAGAGAUGCCGAGUUCGAAAACUUCAGUUACUUGCUCAUCAGUAUAUGAUUUCCAGUAAAAUUGAGUUCUACAUUAGUGACUGUUUGCCUGAAUACUUUGCACCAUAUCAAGCAGAGCGGUUUCGAAGGCUUGGUUAUGUGUCCCUCUGUGACAAUGAAAAAACAGGAUGUAAGGCUCGAGAGCUAAAAUCAGUUUAUGUGGAUGCUGUAGGACAAUUUCUCAAGUUGAUUUUUCAUAAAAACCAUGUCAAUAGAUACAACUUAUAUAGCCAGGUUGCUUUAGUGGCAGUUAAUAUCAUUGGGGACCUUGCAGAGUACAGUGAUGAAAGCAAUAUUACCUGCAGAGAGAAGUUGAUUGACCAUUAUCUUGGACAGAGUUCAGAGGAUUCAGGAUUAGAUGGCUCAUAUGUUGGGAAACCUGACUACAUUUCUCCCCUGGAUGACUUAGCCUUUGAUAUGUACCAGGAUCCAGAAGUUGCACAGAUAAUCCGCAGGUUAGAUGAGAAGAAACGAGAAGCUGUCCAAAAGGAGCGCUAUGAUCACGCCAAGAAACUGAAACAGGCCAUUGCUGAUCUACAAAAGGUUGGGGAGCGGCUUGGCAGGUAUGAUGUGGAAAAGCGCUGUGCUGUGGAAAAAGAAGACUAUGAUCUGGCCAAGGAGAAGAAGCAACAGAUGGAACAGUAUCGCACCAAAGUAUACCAGCAGCUGGAGCUGCACAAUCUCUUGGAUUCUGAGAUGAUUCGAAAGCCUUUUGAUUUUCCCCUCGCGCCUCUAGUCUGUUCUGGCAGCCCCUGCCUGCAGAAAUCUAUACAGUCACCUCUGCGUCAAGAGGAACGAACAGGAGAAAAACCCUACGUGGAACCGUUCCCCUCAGCCAAGCCUCAGCUUCAUAGUUCUCUGAAUGUUCCCCCUAAGCAGCAAGCCAUUGUGGGCCAGCUAUCAGCCUCAAAUUCUCUUUCAAAGAUCAAUGUUGAUUUAUUGCCUUAUGAUGAAAGACCUCUUCCAGCUGUUCUUAAGCAACAAGGAGAAACGUAUGUAGAACCAGAGAAGGCUGAAGAAGACGUCAGUAUAAUUCCAAAAGGCACCAUUGCAGGAGAGCCAGAGCCCUUGACCGAGAAAGCAAUGAGAGAAGCCAGUUCUACCAUUGAAGUGCUGGGAGAAACUCUGGUUGCCGGAGCUUAUUCUAAGACCUGGUCAUACCGAGAAGAUGCAUUGCUCUCAUUAUAUAAUAAACUAAUGACAAUGCCUAUUGGGACGCCAAAGGAAGACCUGAAGAACCUUCUCAGAGCCUCCAUCUUUCUGAUAAGAAGAGCCAUCAAGGAUCUUGUGCCUUCAGUCUUUCAAGCAUCACUGAAAUUACUAAAAAUGAUCAUCACACAAUACAUUCCUAAGCAUAAGCUUGGUAAGCCAGAAACCACCCUCUCUGUGGAGAAGACUCUUCCCAAUCUGCUGUCUAGAACUGGGGACUCUUCUGCUCGCCUCCGCAUCAUAGCAUCGAACUUUAUUCAGGAACUGGCUCUGUGUAAGGAAAUUAAGCCCCUCCAAAUUAUUCCAAUUUAUUUAGUUCAGCCACUAAAACAGAAUUCUUCAACUCAUCUGGCAAUGAGUCAAACGGACUUAUUAGCACGUUUGUUAAAAGACUUGGGAACUGAAAACUCUGGAUUUACUGUUGACAACGUUAUGCGGUUUUCAGUGAGUGCACUGGAGCACAGAAUCUAUGAAAUACGAGAAAUUGCUAUUAAAAUUAUUUUGGACAUGUAUAAGACACAUCGGACCCUAAUUCUCGAAUACCUGCCCAUGGAUGAUGGCAACACUCGCAAGAACAUUCUCUAUAAGACGAUUUUUGAGGGAUUUGCAAAAAUAGAUGGCAAAGCAACAACAGCAGAUGUCAGGGCUCAAAAAAAAGCAGCAACAGAAGAAGCAGAAAAACAAAAGAAAGAAGAAAUAAAAGUUCUGCAGGUCCAGCUGGCAGCACUGAGAGAGAUUCAGGCAGAAACUCUAAUCGAAAAGGUCAGUACAUCUUUGAUAACUAAGCUUAAACCCAACAGGACCAUGUCCCUGUUCCUGAUAACUAACAAGCUUUGUUGGUUCUCCCUUCAGGUAGUUGAGAUAGCCAGUCUGACAGAGCACCUGCUGACAGAAUGUGACAAAAAAGAUGAGUUUGGAAAGUGUCAUCGCUGCUCGGAAGCUGUCUUUAAGGAAGAACUACCCAGACACAUAAAAAUCAAAGCUUGCAAUCCUGCAAGAUCAGAAAAGCUUGCAAACCGGUGUCCAUUGUGCCAUGAGAAUUUUACACCAGGAGAGGAGGCCUGGAAGUCUCACCUGACAGGGCCCGCGGGCUGCACAAUGAACCUGCGCAAGGCGUACUACUUGCAGAAGACACAAGCCACACAGCUGGGGAAAGCAGUAGACUCAGUGAUGGCCAAAUCGGGCACUUCAGGAUCCAAAUUUGGAAGCAAGAUCCCCACCCCAAAAGGAGGCCUGAAUAAAACCACUAGCAGGGCACACACAAAACGAUGACAUAUGACAAAUGUUCUGUUUCUCUUGGCUCCAUAAGUGACUGAGCAAGUUUUGAUUCCAUCACAUUUCUUGUAAAUCAAUCUCAUGGAUAUGGCCUUAUCCAGUCCAUCCUUCCUGAAUUGCAGGUGGCUGUUCCUCUGCCAUAAGUAGCAUCCCCGAGUUACGACCCCUCAUUCAGUCCUGAUGUAGUGACAUGUAUGUACUUAACCAGAGGAGCUGCAUCUCAGAUACCAAGCGUGGGAGGCCGAUGGCAUUCGAACCUUCCCAAUGUCUGAUCCUCCCUUGGAGAACAAAAGGAAUGCCAUUGUCUUAGAACAAAAUCAGAAACCACUUAAGUUGAGGGCUUUAGGAGCAGCUGACUGGUAGGACAGGGAGCCAGGGAGGGACACAGCACAACAACAUCCUUUUGGAGUUGCUCUCAGAAUCUUAAAAGUAAAGAACGUGCACUUUGCCAACCUCUCUCCACCAAACUUGCUUCUCUCUUUGUGGUACAAAUGAAGUGAAUCUUGUUGCUUCUUGACCCUGGCCCAGCACGGCUUUGGGGAGGGAGCUGUUCCUGUCAUCUUAGACCCGAGCUUUGAACUCCUGUCCUGCUUCCUCCUUUAUUGUGGUAUUGUGUGUUCACACUCUGUCAGACUUAGGGAGAUGGGGCCACCCAGCAGCCCAUUACAAGCUGUCAAAGAAAGGGGAAGUAAGAAAGAAAAUCUCCAGGAGAAAGCCACUGAAGAGUUAUCUAAAAUCAGGGUCCCAAAACUGGGCAGAGAAAUCUGCGAGUAGCUUUCUGCCCAUUUUGCUCUGUGGGCAACAAGGUUAUCCCUGAUCCUGACUGCAGAAUCAGUUCCCCAAAUGUAAAUAUUAGAACAAGACUUGGAUCUAUAUCAUGCUUUAUUUUUUUUUUUUGGAGGGAGGAGGGUCUCUCGAGGUCAUUACAUGUGUAAAUUAUCAAUUUUUUAAAUAACAAAAGUGCUUUCUGAUAUGUGAUCAUCUGACUGCAUGUAAAUCAAACUGAUACUUCUUUAAAAAAUUAAAAUAAAAUUUGGGGCUGGUUAUAUUUUAAUCUGACACUGAAUACCUUCCCCAAAAUGCUUACUACAUACACAAACGUGUAUCUGCUAUUUAUGCAGCAGAGUUAAGCACAUAACGAAUUUGGGACUGACAUUCCAUGCCCUUGACCUUCUAAUAACCAUAAUUCCAAAUGGAGGUUUACCUUUCAAAAAGGAAAAAAAUGACCCUUUUCUUUAAUAUACCAAAACUUUUUCAAGAAUAUAAAAAGGGAAAAAGCUUUCAAAAUUGAUGUGCUCUGACCCAUUGGUCGGACACAUUUCUGUGAUGAUACCUCAGUAAAUUAACUAGUAGGUUUCCUCUUAAUAGUUAUUGCCAGAGAUUCUUUAUAGAGAAAUAGCAAUGCAAAACCAGCCAGUAUUUGACUAUAAAGUAAUUUUUCUGACUGUAUGGGUAUUCUGCCUGGAGAUUUAAAAAAAAAAAAAAAAAAAGCUAUUUCUUAAGUCUUCCGAUGGGUUAAGAACCUAGAAAGAAACUGUCACCAGAACCUCUAAAUUAAGAUCAAGAAUCCUGCUUUUCCCUGGAAAAUAUACUCUUAAUGCUUUCAAAAAAGACUGGCAAAAUGAAUUAGUGACAUGUGGCACCCUGUUGGAGAUUU